CAGUCCGGAUCGUGACAACAUGAAGACUCUUUUGCUUUUGUUUGUUUUAAUGCAUCUGGACAAACUCCUGAAGAUGGGACACUGCACAGAAACGCAAGACCAAAUUCUAUCAAUCACCCCUCAAACACAGGAACAAGUGGACAUCUUGAAGGAUAUAUCCACCCAAUAUGAGACAGCCUUAUGGCAGCCUGUGUCAUCUCACUACAUCAAAGAAGAAACUGAGGUCCACCUGUUUGUUCCUGCAAACAGCUCAGAGACCGUCAAGGAUCUGCUACAGAAACACGCCAUAACACAAAGGGUGUUACUGGCCAACGCCAACGAGUUGAUUGAAAUGCAAAUGAGGAACGAAUCAACUGACCCACGAAGCAGCUCGACUUUCUACGAUAGAUAUCACAGUCUUGAGGAUAUCUAUUAUUGGAUAAACAGGACCCAACAGGACAACCCGGGGAUAGUUAAAGCCAUUCUCAUUGGCUCUUCACAUGAGAAGCGACCGCUCUACGUUCUGAAGAUGUCUCUAAAUAACAGGCCGAAUAAGAAAGCAAUGUGGAUUGACUGUGGGAUCCAUGCCAGAGAGUGGAUCGCUCCUGCUUUCUGCUUAUGGUUUGUACAAUAUGCGUUGUCAUUUAACAAGAUAAACCAAGAGAUAACUCGCAUCCUGGACAACAUGGAUGUCUACAUCCUGCCUGUUCUGAACCCUGAUGGAUACCAUUACACAUGGACAACAAACAGGAUGUGGAGGAAAAACCGCUCCGUCAGCCAGAGCAGCAAGUGCGUCGGGGUCGACCUCAACAGAAACUUUGAUGCCAACUGGUGCACGGAGGGGGCUUCUGAUGACCCCUGCACUGAGAUCUACUGUGGUGCGUUUCCUGAGUCGGAACCAGAGUCGCAGGCCGUUGCCAACUUCCUGCGCAGUCACAAGGACUCAGUUCAGCUCUACUUCAGCAUCCACUCCUACUCUCAGAUGCUGCUCUUCCCGUUCUCCUGCACUCUUGAUGAAGCAGAGAACCACAAAGACCUGCUUGAGAUGGCUCAAGCAGCUGCCCAGGUCAUCCGAAGAUAUUACAGGAACACCUACAAAUAUGGUGCUGGAGCAAAUACAAUAUACUUGGCUCCUGGUGGUUCCGAUGAUUGGGCGUACAACCUCGGCAUCAAAUACUCCUUCACAUUUGAGCUCCAGGACCGCGGGCAUUAUGGCUUCCUCCUGCCACCAUCGCACAUUUCCAGGGCGUGCAACGAAGCUCUGCUUGCUGUGAAGACCAUUGCUCUGAAGGUUAUUGAGAAAACACAAGCUUCCUCAAGUCCACGUCAAACAGACUGAGCAGUUACAAAUGUCAUUGAGGCUUAGAGUCCAAUAUUUAAAGUCAUUUUUGUGAACAUAAAAAACGUUUUAAAAAAAGGAUUGAAGUUACAGAUGAAGUGUCUAACUUCAGUUUAUUUGAACUUACUGAGCACAUGUAGUACUAGUGUUGUAUUAGUUAGAAAGUAGCUCCAAUGAAAGCUACACCAUCAUUCAGGUAACAAACAGAUAACAUGUUGAUUGUUAUUAUUCUUGAAGCUAUAAAUAAUAAAGUCAUUGUCAUAUUAAUGACCAUCAAUGUGUGGUCUUAAUAUACAUUCAGUUAUCCAAUGAGAACCCAUGUACGAUGUAAUGCAAUCUAAUACAGCAGCUCUGCAUUGAAAAUAAAUCAUAAAUACAAAGACUUGCAAACUUCCUGUUCGUGAAAAUCUGAUAGUUUAACUGGUAUUUUAAUAAUUUUAUAUUUGCAAACCAAAAGGAGGGACAGUCCUCCAAUUUGAUUAAAAACUAAUUUUGGAAUGAAGUUCAACAUUGAAGUUAUAUAAAAUUGGUAAAAUUGUAACCAGUUGAUCUUAAACAAAAAUUCAAAAUGGAGAAGUCCAACAAGUCAAGACCACCAUUUUUGCAAGAAUCGAUAACUACAGAUUUUAGUGUAUAUAUUUUACAACAAAAAAAAGUUUUGUUAUCAAGAAAUAGAGAGGAUGCAACAUAAACAUAGAGAUGCCUUCAGCCUUUGAUAAGAGGACACUUUCCUUUAAGGACAGAUGUCUUUGUAACCAAAUAUUUAAUUUAUUUUCUACUUUUUUAAUCAUGGGACUAAAGUUAUGAAGACAUCUGUCUUAUUCGUUGGUAACAAGGAUGCCUAAAUAGUUUCCUUUUUAUCUUGACCGGUAUAUCAUUAAUAAAAGUUAUAUCACCAUGAAGUAUGCCUCUUUCUAGAUAGAAUCUUUGAGUUGUACCAUCGCUUAAUUUCACAGAGCUAUUCCCAUUUGCAUAGAGGGUUUUCAUUGCACUGCAAAAGUAUGUUUCAGAACCAAAUCUUUCAAGACAAUAAAAAAUGAAG